CAACGCCUGCGCCAUUUCUGACGAGUCUGGUUGGCAGAAGCAGAGGAAGAAGAAAAACCGCAGGGCCAAACCUCCUCCGAUGCCUCUGCCAGGUCAGCCCGGGGCUCUGGACGACCGACACCGCGAAGGUUUGAGCGGCUCCGGGGUCAAGUGGUACCUCCGGUACCUGGAACAGGGCAAGCCCCAGUUGAGGUGGAAGAGCGAGCCCAAUAAACAGGUACACUUACCCGCGCCUGCUGCAAAGCAGAGAAGCGGGCCACAGCAACAACAGCAGCACAGACCCGCGCCCGCCGGAUGGCGGAGAAGCGGGGAACCCCCUGGCCAUAAAGGGGACGCAGUCAAGAGAGGGAGCAACCAAAUCACUCCGCCUGAGACACCUAGCACCAAACGGCAGCGGGAUCAGCGACCUACUCCGACUUCAUGGCCUAAGAGCCUGGCUGGGCCGGCCGGGCAGGGACAGGUGCAGGAGAGCGCCACUCAGCAGCCCAGUUACUCGGAGACCCUCAAAGGCAUCCGGGUAGCUGUGCUGCCGUGUGAGUACCCUGCUGCUGCCUUGAGCCCGGAGGACUUAACCAGACUCCAAGAUGCCAUCAUGGAGGAGGUAUUCAAAGGUUGGUCGCACCCGCUGGUUUUCUGCGGGGUGUAUUUCAGGUCCGGUAUGCUUCUCGUUGAUUGCAGGGACGAGAAGACAGCAACCUGGCUGGCUGAGAAGGCACCAGCACUUGAGGGCUGGAAGGGACCCGGGAUGUGCACGAAGAGAGGGGACGAAAUCCCUCCGGUGCACAACAUCACGGUGUUCCUCCCAAGGAGCGCCGACAAAUCUGCCGAGUUUGCGCUGGGGCUACUGAAAGCGCAGAACGAGGGUAUCCACACUUCUGCGUGGAAAGUAGUGUGCAGCACCACUGAGGAAAACGAGCUCAGGCUGUUUCUAGGUAUUGAUGAGGAGUCCUACGUCAGUAUUAAGAGGGCUGGCUUCAACCUAAACUACAGGUUCAGCUUCGUCACGGUAAGACCGUGGAGACAAAAGGCGACAGGCAGCAAGGAGUCGGAGGCGCAGGAGACUCAAAUCGACGUGGUCGCCGGUUCCCCUGCUGCCCAGACGGCCGAGUCGACCUCGGGCUUACCGGCGGAGCAGCCACUACCUGCAGAAACACCAGCUCCCGCAAGCACGCUCGGGCAUACCGCUACCACCACCUCAGCGGAACACGUGCCCUCAACGCAGGAGCUGCUAUCAGGUUUGGACUUGAGGCGACUAGAGCUUGAUAAGCGGAACGAGAGCGAACUACAGCUCUCCGACCUGGACGAGCUCCACCUAUGAAU